AUGCUCCGUGUGCACCUUCCUUAUCCUCAGUUCGCCCCUCCGCCGCUUUCCCCCUGCCUGCCUUCCCCUCGAUUUUCUUCCUGCAAUGCUCCGUGCGCGCCUUUCCGUGUGCUUGAUUUUUUUCCUCGUUUUUUCCCUGUUUUUUCCGCCUCUUCUUCAUCCCUGCCCUCCGCUCCCGUUUUCCCCCUCCCCUUCUGCUCUGUAUUCUCCUCUCGCUUUCCCCUUCUCCUUGCGUUUCGUAUUCGGUCUCGUUUUCUCUUCCCCGUGCCUUUUUACCUCUGUAUUCGCCUCUCGUUUCUCAUCCCCCCUGCCCUUCCGCCUGCCCGCCGUCUCCCUCUCCCCCCUGCUCUUCGUCUCGUGCGCCUUGCGCCCCACCCUCAGCGAGUCGCGCUUCUCCACGAGGUCCAUCCUGCGUCGUGCGCGCCAGGAGUCCGUUCGUUACUUGUCCAGAGCGACUGGAAAGAGCUCCACCAGUUCCGCCCUGCAUCACCGCUGUCUCGCGCUAACGUUAUCGCCAUUUCCAUUCCAAUCGCCAUAAUAUUUUCCCCUAACCGCGUUUACCGCACUCUUUCCUCCCGUUCCUUCCACCUAUACUUCCUACUCCCCUCCCCACCAGGGCUCGUGAAGAUGGGCGCUUCCCUUCUCCUCUCCUCUCCCCCCCUCUCCCCUACCAUGUAUCAUCAGGAAUUGCCUACAUUCAGGGGAGGGGGACACGGAGGUGACGGGGAGGGGCGUUCAACCCUAUUACCUGCGACCAUUCCAAACCCCCCUCCCCCAUACCUCUCCCACCUGGCGGUGGGGCGCACCAUACCUGGAGAGCAAAACAUCAUCUCCUUCCUCUCCUCCUCCCUCUCCCACCCUGCUUCCCUGGCUUCCCCCUCUCUCCAAGACGAAGUUGAGGAGGGCAAGGAUGUUCAGAUUUCCUCUACUGUAUCAAAAUCAAGAGCGAGUGGUGGAGCUGCUGGGGGGGAUGGGCGUUCAGGCCAAGAGGAGUGGGGGGAAGGGGAAGUAGACUCUAUUACAGGGGGGCGUGGCAGAGCGAGUGAUGGAGCUGCUGGGGGGCAUAGGCGUUCAGGCGAAGAGGAGUGGAGGGGAGAAGAAGUAGCCACUCUGCUAGGCUCCUCAUAUUAA